AUGACGGCGAUGUACAACGCGGCCGUGCAGGACCGCGACCGCGCGCUCAACGAGCUCGAAGCUGCGGGCACGAAGAUCGUUGAGGAGAGGGAGCGGCUGGCUGCGAUCCAGAGGGAGCUCGAGGAGCUGCGGGAGCAGCAGGCAGCGCACCACGCGCGGAGGCAGUCCCUCGGGGGCGAGGAGGACGCGGGGGACGGGCCCGGGAGCCCUGGCAGGGCGCAGUGGAAUCUGUCGGGGCCGCUGGCGGCGCAGCUGGCAGGGUUGGAGCUGAGCGACGACGUGCGGGAGAAGCUGCAGCAGGCGCUGCUGGACCUGGAGGCGGCGGGGCAGGGCGGGGACGAGGGCGCGGGGGACGACGCGAGGGCGGGGCGCGGGGGUGCGGCGGCGGGCGUGCAGGAGAAGCAGCCCGCGAGUCGGCGGCGGACGAAGCCGAAGUACACGGAGCUGCUGCACGAGAACGAGGCGCUGAUGCGGAAGUGCGCGAUGUCGAAGGGGAUUAUGAAGAAGCUGUACCGGAAGAACGUGGAGCUCCAGAAGGAGGCGCAAGCGGCGAGGGCGGACGCGGCAAUGGCGCGUUCUGCGCCGGUCGACUUCGAGGCCGCAGCUGCGUCCGCUGCCGCCGCGGCCGCCGCAGCCAAGGACGGCGGGCGCUCGGCGCCCGGUACGCCGAUGGCAGGCGAGAACCUGUUCGGCGAGCCCGACUCGCUGGCGACGCGCGCUCUCACGGAGAAGGACCGCAUCAUUUCGCAGCUGAAGUACGCGCUGGACGCGUCGCGGCGGCGAGCUGCGAUGCUCGAGCUCGCGGUCGCGGAGCAGCACGCGCACACCACGACGUACGGCCCGUCCGGCGGCGGUGGCGGCACCAAUGCUUCUGGCAAGCAGGCCGCCCCGACGAAGCAGCGCGAGAUGCUGCGGCAGAUGCAGUUCCAGGUGAAGCAGUACACAAACAUGAAGUCGCAGUACUACCGGCUGCUGCGGAAACGCGCGGACGCGGUGGAGCAGUCGGACAAAGUGGUGGGCGCAGUCAAGGCGCUCGUGCGGGACCUCCUGCACCGCCUCGAGGCCGAGAUCGAGGAGCGCGAGGCCGAGUCUGCGCUGUACAACGCCAAGCUGUACGAGCUCGAGCGCCUGCAGGCGGACUGGUACGUGGAGCGGCGGGUGCUCGAGGAGCGGCUAGCGGAGCGCGAGGAGGAGCUGGCGGGGCGCGACCGCCUCGACGGACGGAUGAACACGCUGGUCGCGGGGAUGCAUGCCAAGAUGGCCGCCAUGGAGCGCCAGCUCAGCACGCAGACGAGGGACGAGUCGGGGAGCGCGGGGGAGGCGGGGGGCGAGGCGGGCAGUGCGGGGGGCGCCGGCGGCGAGGGGGCAGGGCAGGCGGAGGGCGAGGGGGGCGGCGGGGAGGAGGGUGCGUCGUAA